UGAGUGUGAUGGCGAAGAGCCGCAGAAAUACACUCGUGCUAGCAAGCGCAUUAGCUCUUCUUCUGACCAUAUUGGAGCAAGGUCAGGCGCGCCUGUUCGACUGUAACGUGAAGUACAAAUGCUCGGAUGAAAAGGAGUAUGUCUGGGCAACCGAUGAGGAGCGUUGCCACGUCUUUCACAAUAGAUGUCUGCUAAAGGUGGAACAAUGUGCGCGGCUCGACCAAGGCAAGUCGGAGCUGAUUGAAACCGACAAGGAGAUCUGCAAGCAGAGGUGCGUGAAGGCGUGCAAGAGAAACUUUGAACCAGUCUGUGCACAGUUCUUCCAGGAGGAAUAUCUGACCUUUAGCAAUGAGUGCGAGAUGCGGAACUAUAUGUGUACUAAGGAAAGGGCCUACUCGUUUUAUGCACUGGGCGAAUGUGUUGAGUCUCCUUCAUCGAUAAGUUAAACAAUCUGGAACUGCCUUUUCAUUGAUUAAAAUUUAACAAUAUUGGACAUACAACAUAUAAGUAUGGGCAUCAAUGUCAUUGCACAAAGAUAAUAAAGAUUUACUGCUGUUUAAUCGGAAU